AGAAACCGCCUGAUGGCUUCAAUAAAAGUAUUAGAUUAAAAGACAUCUCUCCUUCUAAUCUGCUUUUUUAUCACCUUUUUUCAGGUUAGUCAUUUGGCACCUCUGCUGAGAGGUGAAUCCUUUUCCAGGUUUGUGGCAGAGCUGGGGGAGGCAAUGGGACGUGGGCAAGCUGGCAUGAGUUCACCCCAGAGCCCCAGUUCUAAGAAGGAGAUGCUCGUCACCUUCUGCUAUGAGGUGAAUGGCUCCUGCUACAGGACCUUAUACCCCUUUGGAGUCCAGCUGGCCAUUUAUGUGGCCUGUGCCUUGGGCACGCUUUUCACGGUGCUGGGGAACCUCCUUGUUGUCAUCAUUGCUUUCUAUUUCAAAGUCCUGCACAAGCCCACCAACCUCCUGAUUCUCUCCCUUGCCCUUGCUGACCUCCUCCUGGGACUGACUGUGCUUCCCUUCAGCAGCAUUAGGUCUGUAGAGAGCUGCUGGUAUUUUGGAGAUGACUUCUGUAGGCUGCACACAUUUCUGGACACAGUCUUUUGCUUGACCUCCAUAUUUCAUCUCUGUUUCAUUUCCAUUGAUCGGUACUGUGCUAUCUGUGAACCUCUGCUCUACCCCACCAAGUUCACCAUCAAAGUGGCCUUCAUUUACAUUGGGGUGGGGUGGGCAGUGCCUAUGACUUAUACCUCUAUCCUCCUCUAUACUAAAGUGAUCGUAGAAGGACUGGACCAUUUCUUGAAAGACAUGCCCUGUAUUGGUAGUUGUCAGCUGCUGUUCAACAAGCUCUGGGGGUGGUUGAACUUCCCAGUAUUUUUCUUCCCUUGCAUUGUAAUGAUAGUUUUGUAUGUGAAAAUAUUUACUGUGGCUAACAAACAAGCCAGGCUCUCAGCUACCGUGGGAGCACUUAAGAGUGAAAGAAAGGCAGCAAAGGCUCUUGUGGUAGCUGUAGGAGUCUACCUCCUGUGUUAGUUUCCCUUUACUAUUGACACUAUGGUAGACAGUCUUCUGGAUUUCAUUACCCCCCCAGUUCUGUUUGACAUCCUAAUUUGGUUUGCUUACUUCAAUUCUGCCUGCAAUCCCUUGAUCUAUGUAUUUUCCUACCGCUGGUUCAGGAAAGCUGUAAAACUAGUCUUAACUCAUGGGAUCUUUUGCUCCAGAACAUCUACAGUAGACUUGUACCAGGAAUGACCAAAGCUUUCAUGUGCACUGUAGAAAAUAUUGUAGGCUAUUUCAUACAUAUAUAUUCUCACGAAUAUUCUUCAACAUUCAUUUAGCUAGUAUUUCUUUUCUUAUUUAUAACUUUUUUUUAACAGUUGGCUUGGGCACAUCCGCAAUUUAAAUAUACAUGCCAUUCUGCGACUCACCUUCCACAACACAUUGCAGGCUCACCUUAUUAAGGUCUUGCACUAUGUGAUUCCAACACACAUUUGAAAAUUAGCUGUAGCCAACUCCAAAGAAGACCAUGUCCAUACUAUUCCUCAGUUACACCACUAUUUUUUGCACUAUUUUUCUAGCCCAAGGGAUGUGCCCCUGUGUCAAAGGCUACAUAUGGGAGAUACUAUUCUGAAUUAGUGUUUAUUGAAACCCAUAGAAUAUGUGCUUGCUUGAUCUGUGUGUGCAAGGAGGUCACUCCCUAACUAUGAA